UGUGUGUAUGGUCAUGGUGGUCGAGAUUCCCAGAGGUUUGGGGCUUUCCAGCCAAAUCACUCCUUUUCUCCUCUCUUAUCCGGCCCACUCAGCACGUGCAUCUCGUUGUGUUAGGAGUAUGUUAAUCGCACGGGGUCUGCGUUGACGGGUGUCUUUGGAAGCCGUAGUCUGGCCCCCUGCAUUGAGGUCAUCAAACCUUGGACACCUACGAUCCAGAGGGGUGACGCCGAUGUUCUCCCUCUGACGGAUUUCCUCCAUCGGCUGCUCUUGUUUCCAUUUGAGGCUUGUGCUGCAUUCAUAGAAAGGGAGAGUGCGUGUGUGUGUGUGUGUGUGUGUGUGAUGGGUUGACGGGGUGCAGUGUUAGGAUAAAGUGUUCCUUGAGGUCUACAGAACCCCUGCAUUAGCGGCAAGACCACAGUAACCUCCUCCAGAUGUUUGCGAUCGCCAUCUAACUGAUUAUUUACAGCGUGGCCGAUGAACGUUGCCCUCUCCGUACUAAAACACUCACUCUUUGCUCCUUCGGCAAUGCCCGAGUUAAUGCUUAAUCUGAGCGCAGGCCCUUAAUUGUUGAGGCCAGCCCAGUUUAUGGGAGGUUACUUGGAUGUGAACAUACAAGAGGCACACCAGCUCUUCAGACUCAUCUCUCACCAGUCAAGCAACGGGACCUAUAGGACUGACCAUCGGAAGCAGCCAGCAUGGCCAAAGAAUCCGGCAUAUCCAAGAUUUUGGCCGGCACCUUCGUCUUCCUGACCAUCUCCGUCAUCGCCGGCAUCGUCACCAUGAUCAUUUUUUACAAGACCGAGAUUGCGUUGAUGGACCCGACGCCCCGUCCGAUGUUCACGUCCAGCACCACCAGCUUGCCGCCCGUCAUCCGGCUGCCGAAGAACCUCGUACCCCAAAGCUACCAGGUCUUCCUUCAGCCUCACCUCUACACCCGAAUCAUAGAGGUGGUGAACGUCACCAGCCCCAACCAGACGAUGCUCUUCACCGGAAACUCCACCGUGACCUUUCAUUGUGUCCAGGGCACUAGCGUCGUCUACCUCCACAGCCGGAACUUGGACGUUUCUGGUCCGGUGGUGAUGAACAAAGACACAAAUGAGAGGAUCGGUGUUUCCUCAAUGAAGAACGAAGAAGACACACGCAACUUCCUGGAGAUCCAGUUGAAUGCUGCGUUAGAGGCGGGGGGGAACUACAGUUUGUUUCUGGCUUUCAACGGAGAAAUUACAGAGAACCUUAAUGGGGUCUUUGUAAGCACAUAUGCUCAAGGUUCCCCAGCGUAUGAAGGCGAUCAAGAUACAGAGAGAUUCCUCGCCGCCACCAAUUUGGAACCAGCAGAUGCCAGGACAGUGUUCCCUUGUUUCGACGAGCCGGAAAUGAAGGCAGUGUUUCACGUGACGAUCAUCCACAGGAGAGACACGGUAGCUCUCGGGAACGCGGACAUGAGAGAUUCCAAUAUCCUCGACGACGUCUGGAAAGUCACUUACUUUUAUCCAACGCCGAAGAUGUCAACGUACUUGUUUGCCUUCACGGUUUCAGAGUUCACCGAUUCAGCCGACUCCCCAACAGAUGGCCGUGUGAAGAUUAAAACUUAUGCACGUCCUGACGCCAUUGCAGCAGGUCACGCUAAGUAUGCUGCCAACAUCACCGGAAAGAUUCUCAAGUUCUACGAGAACUAUUUUGGAAUAAAUUACGAACAGAAAACUCUAGAUCAAAUUGCACUGCCAGACUUAGGUGUUGGAGCAAUGGAAAACUGGGGACUGAUCACAUACCAGGAGGGAGGCCUACUCUAUGAGGACGGAGUGUCAUCACUGUUGCACAAGGAAGUGAUCGCCACUCUUAUUGCACAUGAACUGGCACACCAGUGGUUUGGGAAUCUGGUGACAAUGAAAUGGUGGAACGACAUUUGGCUGAACGAGGGCUUUGCCACGUACUUGUCAUUCUUUGCAGUGGCCCAUAUGGAGCCAUAUUCCAAAAUGAAAGACUCAUAUUUCAUGAGCAACCUCCAUGCAGCGUUUGAGGUGGACGCUCUGGCCUCGUCCCACCCUCUCAGUCCUCCGCAGGAAGACGUCCAGAUGACUUUUGAGAUUGAAGAUAUGUUUGAUGCCAUAACCUACUGUAAGGGGGCAGCUGUGCUGAGAAUGCUGACAGACAUCGUGACAGAGAGAGUUUUCACCCACGGAAUCAAAAUGUACCUCUCGGACUUUAGCUAUAAAAACACCGACCAGAACGACCUCUGGGAGUAUAUUCAAAAGGCCGAAGAUGAGGAUGGUGGUCACACCACCGUUGCCAAGGUGAUGAACACCUGGACCAAACAAAUGGGCUAUCCUGUUAUCACCAUCAACACUACCAAUGGAGAAGUCUACCAGAAGCAGUUCCUGUUCAAUGACUCCUCUGAAUCUAGUCUUUGGUGGUACAUCCCAAUCAGAGUCAUGUCCAAUGCAGCCGAACCUUCUCUUGUCUGGUUGGAAUCCAGUGAUACGAUUAAGAAAGACGAAUUCAUCGCUAAGAGUGGCGAGUGGAUCCUGGCGAACGUCAACUGUGCUGGUUACUACAGAGUCAACUACAACCGAGAGAACUGGGAACGCCUCUCGACUCAGCUGGAGACGGACCCACAUCGGAUCCCACUGAUGAACCGAGGGCAGCUCGUUGAUGAUGCAUUUAACUUAGCGAGGGCCAAACUCAUCGAAGUGACCCUGGCUCUGAAUUCAACGCGCUUCCUUCAGAAUGAGAGAGCGCUUCUUCCCUGGGAGUCAACCGUCAGGAACCUGGAGUACUUCGUCCUCAUGUUCGACCGCUCCGAGGUGUACGGACCCAUGCAGGCGUACCUCCGCGAACAGGUUAGCGGCCUGUACAACUUCUUCAGGAACUACACAGACAAUUCCCAAGUCCCAAAGGAUCAAUCCUUACAGCACAGCCAGAUCCUCGCCAUAGAUGUGGCGUGUUCCAAUGCACUCCCAGAAUGCUCAGCGAUGGCUACAAAGAUGUUUGCCAACUGGAUGGACAACAACCGCACUAACAGAAUCCACCCCAACCUGCGCUCCGUGAUCUACUGCCAGGCUGUGGCCGCUGGCGGGGCGAAGGAGUGGGAGUUCGCCUGGGACAAGUUUCAGAGCUCCAUCGACACCUCCGAGAAAGACCAGCUCCGGGAGGCUCUGUCCUGCACCAAGAAGAUCUGGCUGCUCAACAGAUACCUGAAGUACACUUUGAACCCUGAGAAGAUUCGUCUGAUGGAUGUCGGUUCCACUAUUCUCUCCAUAGCAGAUAACGUGGCGGGGCAGGCGCUGGCCUGGAACUUUAUCAGAGCGCACUGGGAGUACGUCUCCAACGGGGGCGCAGCCAGCCUGAUCGAGGGCGUGACCAGAAGGUUCUCCACGCAAUUUGAACUGGAGGAGCUGGAGCGUUUUGCAGCGGACAACAAUCUGAGUCCUACCAAAUACCUGCAGCAGGCCGUGGAACAAACCCAGGUCAACAUCGUGUGGGUCAGCGAGAACAAAGACAGCGUUCUGAAGUGGUUUGAGAAUGAAACCGCUUCGUAGAGUGGGAAGAAGAAAAGAACACUGUCUUCGAUUGUUUUAGAGCCUCACAGAUGUGUACUUUCCUCCUCCGCUAAAUCCACUUCAAAACACAAGACCCGAAUCCCACAGCAGUCGGGAAAGUAAUCACAAAAUAGGACAUUAAUUCCCUUUUAAUAAACAAGACUGAGAAGUAGUAUUGUGCUGACAAAUCACGAGGGAAGUGAAGACACAGCAGUGGUUGAUGCAGAUACAUUAUUUAUACCGUCAGUCUAACCAGAUUUUGAAUCCACUGUUUGGCAUUUUUUACACAUGCUGAUAAAAAAAAAAUCAAUCUUAAAGUUGUAAUUUUUUUACAACUUUAAAAUUGAUUUUUUUAUCAGCAUCAACAUAACAUAUGUACUUCUUAGAAUCACUUUUCUUUUGUUCUUUCUCGUCGUCUAUUAACACAAUUAAUCUGGAUCGGAAUUGUAUUAAUCUGCUGGUAAUUAUGGGUUUGGAGGACAAUUCAUCAGCGUUUUUGCACAGAUCGGAGCCGAAGGACCGAACUCCCUCUUUUUGAUAAAGGAACGAGUCUAUAUGUAUCAUGUUGUAAUCAAGUAUGUAUGUUGCUAAAAAAAAAUGUUAUU